AAUCAUUCGAUCACAAUGGGAUUCACAGUGAGCAUUCUUUUACUUAUCUUCGGUAUUUCAUCAGCUUUUGCUGGAGUAGACAGGAAAGUCGUAAAACGUGGCAUUGAUCACGGUGUGGAACUCGGUGGUGGAAUUCCAUUAGACCACGGUCAUGGGGGAGGCAUUGCACUUGAGGGACCUCCAAUCGACGUCCAUGCUGGACCUGGACACAUUGAACUCGCAGAGCACGGAGCAGGUUUUGGAGGGGGAUUUGGUGGAGGAUAUGGUGGCGUAAUCGGAGGUAGUAAUACAGUCGUCAGCCAACAUAUUCCGUAUCCGAUACCGAUCCCGGUUGAAAAGACCGUUGCUGUACCUGUGCCUCAUCCAAUUGUUAUUCCCAAAAUUAUUAAAGUGCCUGUCUUUAAGAAAAUUCCGGUACCAGUUGCUGUUGGAGGUUUUCAUGGAGGAUUUGGACAUGGAGGAGGAUUCGGACAUGCCGUUGAAUUCGUGCAUGGAGGAGGAUUUGGACAUGCAGGAGGAUUUGGUCACGGACAUGGUGGUCAUGUUCACGUACAUGUACAUGGUCAUGGACAUGGACAUGGGCAUGGACAUGGACAUGGGCAUGGACAUGGCCAUGGGUAUCCAACCAAACCUUUUGUAAUUGCUAGAGGUGGUUUCUGGACCAAGGAUUGGAUAAUUUUGUUGCAGACCGGAGUGUUCAUAGCCUUGGUAUGCAUCUCAGCCGCCUUCGCCGGUGAUAAAAAGGUCGUUAAGCGCGGCUUGUUAGGCGGAGGUUUGGGAGGUGCAGGCUUUCACAGUCACGGCCCAUCUUUUGGCGGCGGAUUCGGCGGCGGUCUCGGUGGUCUCGGCAGUCUCGGUGGUCACGCCAUCGAAGAAAUCCCAGCACCAGAUUUAAGCGCCGGAAUCGCUGGUCCAGGACUUGGCAGUCUUCCAUUGGGUCCCGGUCCUGAAAUUCUCGAUGGACCAAAUGUAGAAGUUGGUCCUGCUAUUGCUGGACCAGCGUUGCCUGCCCCAGGUCCAAUCAUUGAAGGUCCAGCUCUAUCUGCUCCAGGCCCAAUCAUUGAAGGACCAGCUCUAUCUGGACCAGGUCCUGUCAUUGAAGGUCCUGUUGCGGCUGGCCCAGGUUCGAUCAUCAGUGGUGGAAUCGGUGGCGGUAUUGGAGGAGGCUUCGGCGGUGGAUUUGGCGGAGGAAUUGGCGGUGGCAUUGGAGGUGGAAUCGGCGGAGGAAUCGGCGGAGGAAUCGGCGGUGGAAUCGGUGGUGGAAUUGGCGGUGGAAUUGGCGGUGGAGUCGGCGGAGGCCUUGGAUUGGGACUUGGAGGAUUCGGCUCCGGCCCAAUCAUUGGUGCCGGUCCCACUCUUUUAGACCGUAGAGUCGUUGGUCAUGUCCACCUUGGUACAGCCGUUCAAAGACAUAUCGACGUUGUUGAGAAAUAUGGUGUUAAAGUAGCUCAACCUUAUCCAGUCCCAGUCGAAAGAAGAGUUCCUGUUCAAGUUCCACACCCAGUAGAUGUACCAGUAGAACGCCCGUACCCUGUCCAUGUUAACGUCCCAGUACCAGUACAUGUAGUUAAACACGUCCCUGUACAUGUCCCAGUAGAAAAACCCUACCCAGUCUGGGUUAAAGUUAAGGUACCAGUCCCUGUUCCAUACAAGGUUAUCCACGAAAACAAAGUACCUGUCAAAAUUGUGAAACCAGUACCGGUUCCAGUCCCAUCUCCAGUGAUUGUCAAGAAGAAAGUUCCGGUUGCCAUCCACGCUCAUCUGGUACCAUUAGACCCUCAUCUUCACGGUCACGAUUUGCAUGAACCCCAUUUCCAUGAUCACCAUCAUUAUUAAAACAUAAAAUUUCAUUCUAUGCUUCAUAUUCACGAUUUGUUUGUUAUUCAUCUUUGUUGACUAGUCAUUGUUAUCUUGUUUAUAUAUAUUUCAAUAAACGAGUUUUACUUUUUA